CAUCGUCAGAAUGUCACCACCAAACAACCGAGAAGAGAUUCUUGCCAGCCUUCGCAAGUUGAUUGACAAUGGAGAGUUGAUUGUAGGUGCAGGCGCCGGCAUUGGCCUCAGCGCAAAGUUCAUCGAGCAAGGUGGUGGUGACUUGAUCAUCAUUUACAAUAGCGGCCGGUACCGCAUGGCAGGACGAGGCUCGCUUGCAGGCCUCAUGCCUUACGGCAACGCGAAUGACGUUGUUCUUGAAAUGGCUGGGGAAGUCCUUCCUAUUGUCCAGAAAACACCAGUGUUAGCAGGAGUAUGUGCCACGGACCCCUUCAAGUCGAUGGACCGGUUCUUGGUUCAACUCAAGGACCUCGGUUUUGCAGGCAUCCAAAACUUUCCCACAGUCGGCCUCAUUGACGGCACCUUUCGGCAAAACCUUGAGGAGACAGGUAUGAGCUACGAUGCGGAAGUCGAAGUCAUGCGAAAAGCUCGCAAGAUGGGCCUUCUGACUACGCCGUACGUUUUCAAUGUUCAAGAGGCAAAGAAGAUGGCCGAUGCAGGCGCAGACAUUCUAGUUGCACAUAUGGGCCUGACGACGUCUGGCAGUAUCGGUGCAGCAAGCGGAAAGAGCUUGGAUGACUGUGUGAAGCUGGUCCAGGAUAUUAGAGAUGCAGCGACAGAGAUCAAGGACGAUAUUAUCGUUCUGUGUCAUGGAGGUCCUAUUGCAAAGCCAUAUGACGCAGAGUAUGUCAUCAGCAGGACGAAGGGCGUGCACGGCUUCUACGGCGCGAGUUCGAUGGAGAGGUUGCCGGUCGAGGAAGCGAUCACGAACAUCACAAAGACAUUCAAGAACCUCAAACCUAGCUCAAAAACAUAAAU